ACUCUUUACUCCAGAUUCCAUGCUGGAGGGUAAAUGACAGUUAUGGUUACCAUGGAUGAGUAGAUAGCUGGUUGCGCAAAAAUAUUAUGAUUUAAGUAAAUAAAAUAAAGCAGAAACGUUUCAUGUGUCAUCCAAAGCAGAGCUCCUGGUCUGUUCCCCAAACAAACCAGAUUUUAUAAAAUCAAGAACAAACCUUGGAUUCACAAUCCCAGCUUAUAAAUGGAAGAAGCAGCUGAUACGACACAUCUGGAAAAAAUGUAAUCAAGAAAACUAGGGAGGAGGGAAGUGGAGGGAACGGGUACCAACGUCAGGGUAAUGAGAAGGUGAGAUGUGGAGAGCCUGGCUGGAGUCUUGUGACACAGAAUCUGGUGGAUCUCUGAGCAUCUCAGUGUGCAAUGGAGAAAACUCCGCAGAAAGACCGAAAACCCUUCACAUUCUUUAAGCACGAACACAAACCUGUUGAACAAAAACCUGAGAGCAGUAAGCAAAAAUGGAAAAAAGUCAGUGACAAGACCGUGAUCACGGGAGGUGCCGGGUAUUUUGGCUAUACACUGGGCUGCACUCUUGCCAAAUUGGGAACUGAAGUCAUUCUCUACGAUGUGAACCUACCUCUCUGGGAAAUCCCAAACGGAGUACUGCUUAUACAGGCUGACGUGAGAGAUUUCGAGAAACUCUAUGAGGCCUGCGAAGGGGCAGAUUGUGUAAUUCACACAGCCGCGUAUGGAAUGACAGGAAUCGAACAGGUGCGCACGAAGGAGAUUCGGUCCACCAACGUUGGAGGAACUGGAGUGGUCCUUGAAGUCUGCAAGCAACGAAGCAUCCCCAGACUGAUCUACACCAGCUCCGUCAAUGUGGUGUUUGCUGGGCAGACCAUUAUAGAUGGUGAUGAGGCAACGGUGCCGUAUUUUCCUUUAGACAAGCACGUUAGUGAAUAUUCCAGAACCAAAUCUAUCGCAGAACAGAUGGUUCUAGCAGCUAACGGAACACCCCUGGCAGGAGGCGGCGUGCUGUAUACCUGUGCCCUUCGCCCCCCAGGGAUCUAUGGGCCAGAAGAACAGAGGCAUUUGCCCCGACUGGCACUGAAUAUCCAGAGAGGGCUCUUUGCCUUCCGAAUUGGGGACCCUAAAGCCGUAAUGAACUGGGUGCACGUCAAGAAUCUUGUGAGAGCUCACAUCCUUGCUGCUGAGGCUCUAACCGAAGAGAAAAACUAUAUAGCUGGCGGCCAGGCAUAUUUUAUCAACGAUGGUGAGAAAUUCAACCUUUUCGACUGGUUAGAUCCAUUGUUUGAAGGACUGGGCGCCCGGAAACCAUGGUUACGUGCUCCUAUUUGUCUCGUUCAUCUAUCAGCUGUCGUCCUGGAAAAUGUGUACAAAGCCUUAAAGCCAAUUGUGGAAGUUACUCCGCUCAUCACCAGAAGUGAGGUAUAUAAUAUGACUUGCACAUACACACUGAAAAUAGACAAGGCUCGGGCGCACCUGGGUUACUCUCCAAAGAAGUACACCUUUGCCAGCUGCGUGGAUCAUUACUUGAAAAAACACCCUCCGCAGAGGAGUUUCUUCUUACUGAAAUGCUUCCUUGUGAUGUUCUUUCUCAUCAGCCUGAUUGUUGUAAUUGUUAAAUUCCCCGAGCUUCUGAAGCUUCUUAUGCCGAUAUUGGAAGAAUAUCGAGGGAUCAGUCUGUUCUCAUCAGAAACAUAGGAACAAGGCAGAAGGAAGGGAGAUCUUACUCUUCACUCACUUGACAUACGUUCUGGUCCAUUGUCCUUAGCCAUGAAGCCAUCAGCAAGCAGGUAUUUUAAGAUGAAUAAGCAACACACUGGCCCAUUUUUUUCGUCAGACUGGGAGGAGAUAACUAAGAGAUCAUGGUCUGGGAAAAGAAACAUUAAAAGGGUACCACACAAGCACCUUCCUUCCCAGAAAAUAUCUAGAUAGUCUUCUGCGCACAUGUGAUGAUGAGAAAAAUGGAACAGUGGAAAGAUGAAGAUACCAACAGCAGCCCAUAUGGAACUGAGUCACAGACUGCUUCCUGGCAGUCGUGUGAACUGGCAUGAGCUGAAAAUAAAG